AGUUUUGGGUCUGUGGUCGCGGCUCAUCCUAUGGAGUGAUCGCGGCGGUUCUGAAGUUUUGGGUCUGUGGUCGCGGCUCUCUGGUCUGGACCAUGGAGUUUGGACGCACGUUCUCAAAGUUCAACAGGAUCCUACUGCUGAUGCUCAUGAUGUUCAAACUGGGUAUAUUCUGCGGUGUGAACGCCGAGAGGUGCCUGGAGGCGCCGUGCCAAAAUGGCGGCACGUGUGUGGACAGGCUGGACGACUACCGCUGCCUGUGCCCCAGCGCGCCCCUCAUGUACGCGGGCAAGAACUGCUCCGAGCUCUACGACCCCUGCGACGGCGUGGACUGCCCCGGCUGUGUGUCCACCCUGGGGACGGACGACUACCAGUGCAUCUGCGACGAGGGCUUCGUGGGCCGCGACUGCAGCCACAACGUGGACGAGUGCGCCAGCGACCCCUGCAAGGGCACCAAGUCCUUCUGCGUGGACGGCGCCAACGGCUACGAGUGCCACUGUCCGAGCGGCUCGGCGGGCGAGCGGUGCCAGGAGCGGGUGCGGAGCUGCGGGGACGAGCCCUGCCUCAACGGCGCCACCUGCAGGUGGGCUCCGGAGGGGUACGCGUGCGACUGCGCGCAGGGCUUCGAGGGCGAGGACUGUGAGGCGGACGUGGACGAGUGCCUCUCGCAGCCGUGUAAGAACGGCGCCCUCUGCAGGGACGGAGUGGGGGCGUACGUGUGCUACUGCGUGCCGGGGUUCCAGGGCUCCAGCUGCGAGAUCGACAUCAACGAGUGCGCGUCCAGGCCGUGCACCAACAACGCCACCUGCGUCAACGGCAGGGACCAGUACACCUGCGAGUGCCUGCUGGGGUUCCAAGGGGUGAACUGUGAGGUGGAUAUUGACGAGUGUGAAGUCGAACCCUGCCAGAACAACGCCACCUGCUUUGACCACGUUGGUCACUACACCUGCGAGUGUGUGGAGGGCUUCGCCGGCAUCAACUGCGAGGUGGACAUCGAUGAGUGCGGCAGCGGCCCCUGUAUGCACUACGGAGUCUGUGUUGACCUAGUCAACAGGUUUGAGUGUGACUGCAGUGAGACGGGCUUCUUCGGGGAGCUGUGUGAGGAGGACAUCCUGGAGUGUGCGUCCGCUCCCUGCCACAACAACGCCACCUGCCAGGACGGGGUCAACCAGUACACCUGCCUCUGCUGGCCAGGCUAUGAGGGUGAAAACUGCCAGAUUGACGUAGACGAGUGUGCGUCUGAGCCGUGUGAGAACGGUGGCGAGUGUUUCCAGCUGUCGGACGCGGACAGCUACGGCCUCCUGCCCCAGCUGGACGCAGAGUUCAGCUACGCCAGCGCCGCGGGCUACCUGUGUCAGUGCGUACCUGGAUUCAUAGGAGAAAACUGCUCCAUAAACGUGGACGAGUGUGAGUCUCAGCCCUGUCUUAACGGAGGCAUCUGUGUGGACCUGCUCAACGCAUUCCAGUGUGUGUGUCCACCUGGAUACACAGGUGCGCUGUGUGAGGUGGACGUAGACGAGUGUGCCAGUAAUCCCUGUCAGCACGGUGGCACGUGCCAGGACGGCAUUAACGCCUUCUACUGCACCUGCGCUGCCCCUGCGCCCGGCCAGCUGCCCUGGGGCGGCCCCGACUGCGCCACCCUGCUCGUGGGCUGCCAGGCUCACCAGUGCCAACACGGCGCCACCUGCACGCCCGGCCUGGACCCCGCCCACGCCCAGCGCCACACCUACACCUGCGCCUGCCCGCCGGGUUUCCACGGAGACCGCUGCGAGACGCCCACCACGUUCUCGUUCUCCGCGGAGGGCUUCGCGCUGGUGGAGGUUCCGGAGGUCCCGGAGGCCAACCGGACGCGGCGGGAUGUGGAGGCAGCGGUCAGCGGCGGCGGCGGCGGCAGUAGCCCCAGCGUGCGGCUGCGCUUCAGAACCACGCUGCCGGACCUGGUGCUGUUCUACAGGGGGACGGCCGAGCACUACGUGUGCCUGGAGCUGGUCCGAGGAGCGCUGACCGCCAGAGCCGAGUCCAGCUCCGGCGCCCUGAGGAUGGAGGCCGCCCUGCUGGAGCCGGUCAACGACGGCCGCUGGCACGACGCCCUCGUCACCGUGGACGAGAAACUCGUCCUGACCCGAGAGGACAGCGCCAACGCCAAUGACGGAGGGGAGCGGGCGGCGAGGAGGGCGGAGGACGGCGGUCAGAAUCAGCUCCUGUUCUUCCACCCCGAGGGGCUGCAGCAGGUGUUUGUGGGCGGCGUGCCGCUGGAGUUGCUCAACAGCACGGUGAGCAGGACGGGCCUGCUGGGCUGCGUGGAGGACCUGCGCGUGGACGCGCUGCUCGUGCUGCCGCAGCAGCUGCUCUCGGACCUCGGCGCCGCCCCGGACAUCGGCUGCAACCGGACCGAGUGGUGCCGCGAGGACCCCUGCUCCCAGCAGGGACACUGCGUGGACCUCUGGACGGACUACCGCUGCGACUGCUUCAGACCCUUCCACGGAAACUUCUGCUCUGAAGAGAUUCCCUCGUGGACGUUCAGCUACGAGCGGACGCCGUCGUCGUUCGUGAUGUUCCCCAUCACGCAGUCCCACGGCGAGUCCUUCUCCGUCUCCUUCUUCCUGCGCUCCACUAAGGAGGCGGGUCUGGUGUUCCAGCUGCGGCGGCGCGAGCAGGAGUACUUCAGCGUCUACCUGCGCCACGGAUCGCUCCACCUGGACAUCCACGCCUCCACCCGCCGCUCCGCACUCUACGUCACCGACGGCGUCAAGCGCCAACUGACCGUAACCAUGUCGACGGGCUUUGUGUUCUUUAACGAGGAGCCGGUGCGGUUCGAGGAGGACGACACCCCUCCGCUGGUCAGCGUCCAGGCCGGGGACCAGGCGUUCGUCGGAGGCCUUGCCCAGGGACAGGACACGUCCCGCUGGGGAGGCUCGUUCAAGGGCUGCCUGCAGGACAUCCUCCUGGACCAGACGCAGCUCUUCAUCUACAAGACCAAGACCAGCAAGUACUCCAAGCAGCAGCAGCGCAGCUACCUCCCAGGGGCCUCCUUCAACGUGGAGCAACACUGCCUCUCAGACAACACGUGCAAGGCACAGCCAUGUCAGAAUGGGGGUGUGUGCAACAUGACGUGGAAUGACUUCAUGUGCGAGUGUCCGUUCAACUACACGGGGAAGAUGUGUGAGACGCGCGUGUGGUGUGUGAGUGACCCCUGUGUGAUGGGCGGCCAGUGUGUGGACCUGUCAGACGGAUACGAGUGCCGCACCAACGCGACGUUCGAGAACAACGCUCUGCAGUACCGUGCCGAGGGGUCGGUGAUGGCGACGACGGUCUCCAUGGACGUGCGCACGCGCGAGGAGAGCGGCGUCCUGCUGCGGGCGUCCAGCGGCCUGGAGCUGCUGUGCGUGGGCCUGCACAACGCCAGCGUGGUGGUCAAGCUGCGCAGCGGCAACAGCAGCCUGGAGGUCGCGACCCUGUCCAGCGAGCGCCAGCUGGCCGACGGGCAGUGGCACCACGUGGAGCUGCACCUGGACCUGACGCCGCUCGACGAUGACAGCAGCAGCGCCCUCCGGUGGCAGAUCAGCGUGGACGGGCAGCGCACGGGCCCGGGCGUCCCCGCCGCCACCGACACGCUGGACUUCCUGGGCAACGCCACCGUCCACCUGGCGGAGAACUUCACCGGUUGCCUGGGCGACGUGCGCGUGGGCGGGAUCUACCUGCCGCUGGUGGAGGACGGCGAUCCUCCGCAGGCGUCGCGCUUCCUGCGUCAGCCGGGCGGUGGCGGCGGGGGGGCGUCGUCCCCAGAGCUGGGCUGCAGGGGGUCCCCCGUGUGCUCCCCGUCCCCCUGCCUCCACCAGGCCGUCUGCCUGGACCUCUUCCACGCCCGCGCCUGCUCCUGCGCGCCCGGCUGGGAGGGCGAGUUCUGCGAGGCGGAGAUCGACGAGUGCGCCUCCUCGCCCUGCGUCAACGGGACGUGCCGCGACCUGCUCGGGGACUACCGGUGCGUGUGCACGCAGGGCUUCGGCGGGCGCGACUGCCAGGUGGAGGUGGACGAGUGCCAGGGCAGCCGCUGUGAGAACGGCGCCACCUGUGUGGACGCGCUGGGCAGCUACUACUGCCUGUGCCCGCCCGGAUUCAGCGGCCCAUACUGCCAGUGGCGCUUCCCAGCUCCGCGGUGUAACCUGGACAUGCGCUGUGCUCACGGGGGCGUCUGCAUCGAUGGCUACUGGGGAGCCAACUGCACCUGCAGACCGGGCUUCACUGGCCUCAGGUGUGAGGAGGAGCUUAACGAGUGUGCGUCCAACCCCUGCAUCAACGGGGGCAGCUGCAGGGACCGGGUCAACAACUACCAGUGCAUGUGCGUGCGCGGCUUCAGUGGGAAGAACUGCGAGACCAGCCGGGAGCCCCAGAGGGAGCGGAUGCCCUGGCUGGUGGUGGCCAUCCCGCUGGUGUGCCUGGGCGCGGUGAUCGCGGGCGUGGCCAUGGUGUGCCUGGCCAUGACCGCCCGCAAGAAGCGCCAGUCCGAGGGCACCUACAGCCCCAGCAACCAGGAAGUGGCCGGCGCCAGGCUGGAGAUGGGCAGCGUGCUGAAGGUGCCCCCAGAGGAGAGGCUCAUAUAG